AUGGCGUCUUCAAUGUCACUUCUGGGCUUGAGACGUUUAUCUGCCAUAAAUUCGGCCACAAAAUGGAUACUAAAUCCUAUCAGGUCCACGAGCACAUCCACUUCAAGACUGGCAGAGAAACAAGAACAAGACACGCAACUUAUUACCAUUAAUGAGAAACUGGACAUAACAUCGGUGACGGGAGUUCCAGAGGAGCACAUUAAAACACGCAAAGUGCACAUCUUCGUCCCCGCCAAGAGCGCCAUGCAGUCUGGGGCCAACAGCACCAAGAAGUGGAAAAUGGACUUCGACACGAGGGAACGCUGGGAGAACCCGCUCAUGGGAUGGUCCUCAACUGGGGAUCCUCUUUCCAACAUGGUGCUGAGUUUCUCUUCCAAGGAAGAUGCCAUGGCGUUUGCUGAAAAAAAUGGUUGGAGCUACGAGGUGACAGAGAAGAGGAGCUCCAAGCCGCGAGUGAAAUCCUACGGGGCAAACUUCUCGUGGGACAAGAGAACUAGGAGGUCCGCGAAGUAG